AUGUAUGCCAAGACUCUUCUCGUGCUGGUGCUGGGCUCCGGCCUUGCCUCUGCUCAGCUGAACACUCUGGCUGUGAGAGCGGGCCUAAAGUAUUUCGGAACGGCGGUCAACGAGCAACGAGUUACGGAUACGACGUAUAUGGCCAUCGUGAACAACACGGCUGAGUUCGGCUCCGUGGUACCCGAGAAUGGACAGAAGUGGGCAUACACCGAGCCUAGCCAGAACACAUUCUCGUACACGUCGGGCGACAUCGUCCCGAAUAUUGCCAAGGCCAAUGGCCAAAUCCUGAGAUGUCACACCCUUACUUGGCACUCUCAGCUCCCCAAUUGGGUGUCAAGCGGAUCAUGGACGGCCGCAACUCUCACAGCAGUUAUCCAGACGCACAUCUCUAACGUCAUGAAGCACUACCUGGGACAGUGCUACGCCUGGGAUGUCGUCAACGAGGCAGCUGCAGAUGAUGGCACGUGGCGUGAGAGCGUCUUCUACAACACUCUGGGUACCGACUACCUCCCGAUCUCUUUCAGAGCUGCCCGGGCUGCCGACCCCAACACCAAGUUGUACUUGAACGACUACAACCUCGAGUACAACGGCGCCAAGACGGACCGCGUCUACGAGGCGGCCACCAUCGUCCAGAACGCCGGAGGUCCUAUUGAUGGCGUCGGAUUCCAAGGUCAUCUCAUCGUCGGCAGCACUCCCGGCCGCUCCGCCCUCGCGACCGCGCUCCGCCGAUUCACCGCCCUUGGCCUUGAGGUCGCAUACACCGAGCUCGACAUCCGCCACUCCAGCCUGCCGGCCUCCAGCGCCGCCCUCGUGACCCAGGGCAACGACUUUGCAAACGUUGUCGGCUCUUGCGUCGAUGUCGAUGGCUGUGUCGGAGUCACGAUCUGGGGCUUCACGGACAAGUACAGCUGGAUUCCCGACACCUUCAGCGGCCAGGGCGACGCUCUCCUUUGGGACGCCAACUACGCCAAGAAGCCCGCGUACACGUCCGUCUCUUCGGUCCUCGCUGCUGCUGCUACCGGCGGUGCCGGCACGACUGUGCCCCCGACCACGACGACCCGUACCUCGACCUUGGUCACCUCGACGACAUCAUCUCGCGCGACCACGACAACUGCGGCAUCAGGCUCGGAGCAAGUCCGCUGGGGGCAGUGCGGAGGUAGCGGAUGGACUGGGCCUACCAAGUGUGCCAGCCCCUAUGUUUGCACCUUUGUGAACGACUGGUACUCUCAGUGCUUGUAA